AUUUCGUUUAGUGAUCUCCUGAUUCUUGAGUGGAUGUGAAAUGCAAAGAUCACGGAGAGCUCUUCUGCUUAGAAGAAGAGUUUCUGAGGAUGCUUCGAAAGGAAGGAACCGUCUCUACAAAGUUUCGUUGUCUCUCGUUUUUCUCGUAUGGGGGCUUCUCUUGUUAUCUACUUUGUGGAUCAGUCAUGGAAAUGAUCACAAAGGGAAUUCUCUAGCCGGUUCGGUACAAAAUGGUGAUCAAGAUGAAGAUAGUGCAGAUGAUACAUAUGAACCUGUUGAUGCACCAUCACUAGAGUAUACUUCUGUUCAUAUACCUGCAGCAAAAGAAAUCAAAGACACAGUUGAUGGGAAUGUUACAGAAAGCAAAGAAGACAUUAGGCUUGUGAACCAAAGUGAGAUGGUUAAUAGCAACACAGGUCUAGACAAUGAUACAGAGACCAAUACUUCAAAGCUUGACCAGCUAUCUCGUGAUGUUCCACUUGGCUUCGAUGAGUUCAAGAGUAGAGUGCCAACCACUAAAGACGAAUCUGUAGCAAACCAAGUCAGCGGUGUGAUUCACAGGAUGGAGCCGGGUGGGAAAGAGUACAACUACGCAGCCGCUUCAAAAGGAGCAAAGGUCUUAUCUUCUAACAAGGAAUCAAAAGGAGCCACAAGCAUCUUAAGCCCAGACAACGACAAGUAUCUCAUGAAUCCGUGUUCCACUGAAGACAAGUUCGUUGUAAUAGAACUUUCAGAAGAAACACUGGUGAACACAAUCAAGAUUGCAAACUUUGAGCAUUACUCAUCUAAUCUGAAGGAGUUUGAGAUUCUUGGAACGUUGGUUUAUCCUAGUGAUGCUUGGGUUCAUCUUGGGAACUUCACAGCUUUGAACAUGAAGAAUGAGCAGAACUUUACACUAGUGGAUCCUCAAUGGGUGAGAUAUCUGAAGGUGAAUUUCUUAAGUCAUUACGGUUCAGAGUUCUACUGCACCUUGAGUUUACUAGAAGUCUAUGGAGUGGACGCUGUGGAACGAAUGCUGGAGGAUUUAAUAUCUAUUCAAGACAAAAACAUAGUGAGACUCACUCAAGAAAGAGACAGUGAGAAGCCAGUACAAGUGAUAGAGGAUGGGAGUAAACAAAAGGAGAAGGAACAAGAAACAUCGCCAGAGAGUGGGGUUGUGAAAGCUGAAGUAGCAGCUGAGAGAAAGAAGCUGAUGGAUACAGUGGAAGAGCUGAAACAUCACCAACCAGGAAGCAGGAUGCCAGGGGACACAGUGCUGAAGAUACUCAUGCAGAAGAUAAUGUCGUUGGACUUGAGUUUAUCAGUUCUGGAAAGUUACUUGGAGGAACUUAGUUUAAGAUACAUGAAGAUAUUCAAGGAUAUGGAUGUAGAGGCGAUCAAGAGAGAGAAGGAGGUGGGGGAGAUGAGACUAGAGUUAGAUGAAAUGAAGGAGAGGGAAGAGAAGAUGAAGAGAGAGGCAAUGGAAAUAAGAGAAUGGAGAAGAAAAGUGGAGACAGAGAUUGAGAAUGGUCAGAAUGAGAAAGAGAAAGUGAUGGAAAAGUUGGAGGAAGUUUUGGAAAAGAUGGAGUGGAUGGAGAAGAAAGGUGUGGCUGUGUUCACCAUCUGUGUUGGGUUUGGAGCUUUGGCGGUUGUAGCUGUGAUUCUUGGGAAGUUGAUAGGUUUAGCAGAGAAGCCAGCUGACUUGGCUUGGCUUCUCUUGUUGAUAAGCUCUAUAUUUGUUAUGUUCGUUUUGUCUCUUUGAUUGACAAGAACCUCAGUUUUGGCCUGCCUUUUUUUUUUUUUGAACUGUAGAGGCAGUUGAGUCUUUUAUACAUAAUAAACAUUCUAGUUGAAAUGAAGAUCAAUUUUAACCACCUUCAGUAUUAUAGAGAAGAAGCAGAAUAAUCUUUACCCCAUAGCUGAACUUAGCGGAUGAAGUUUCUUCUAAUGAAGCUAAUACUGAGAAG